CAGGGAGAACUGUAGAGUACAGAAUGCAGUUGACAGGCAAAGUGGCUCUGGUGACUGGUGGAGCUCAGGGGAUUGGGAAGGGGUUGUGUGAAGCUCUACUGAAGAAGGGAGCCAAGGUUUGCGUCACAGAUCUUAACCCUGAGCAGGGGGAGACAACUGUGAAAGAGUUCACAAGUCAGCAUGGUGAUGGUAAAGCAAUCUUCAUACAGUGUGAUGUGACAUCUCAGGAACAAAUGGACAGUGCCUUUUCAAAAUGCAAGGAAACAUUGAAAGGUGUCAUUCGUGGUACAUUACUAGGAAUACAGUACUUACGCAAAGAAGGAGGGAAAGGUGGUGUAGUCAUCAACAUGUCCUCAUCAGCAGGUUUAACACCUGUUCCUUUUGCUCCUGUGUACUGUGCUACCAAACAUGCUGUUCUCGGCUUCACAAAAAGUUGGGCUCUACAUCCUGACCAGGAAGCCAUGGGUGUUCGCUUCUUGACAGUGUGCCCUUCCUUUGUGGAGACACCCCUGAUACACUGUAUGGACCAUGGAGAGAUGUACCACCCAGACAAGGCUAGGCAGUUCAUACAAAAAACAGGCAUCAUGAGUGUUGAUUUUGUGGCCGACUCAAUGAUAAAACUGCUGGAGGAUGACACCAACAAUGGAGCUGUGAUGAAGUUAACCAAAGCCAGUGGAGUAGAGUUCAAGUAGAGUUUCUCACACCACUCAAAUUUUUAUUUUUCAGUCCCCUUUUUGUUUUUACUUCAAAACCAAAAAAAUAAAAAAAUAAAAAAAAAAUUAAAUAUUAAAGAGUAUUGAGAAAUGUUUUUUCCGAUGCAAGCAUAUGACAAGGGAACAUAAACCUGCACAAUUACCAACUUUGUCCAUCUGACCUAUCCAUUCUCAUCAUUACAAGUGCUAAACAUCUUGAAGCUGGAAAAAUAAUAAUACAUAAAUAUGCAUGUACUGUUAAUGACCUAACAUUUU